AUGCAUGAAUUACAACGACGUGGAAAACAUAGAGAUUCCAUCAAAAACAGCGCAGUCUCCCAGAAGGGGAAGGCAGAUGAAGGAGAGGUGCCGGGGCAGCCCACCGCGUGGUCAGGCGGCCGUUGGGUGGACGCCCUGGCCUUGGCGCCUUCGCCCGCUGUGUGGCCACGGGCAAGCUCCGCACCCACUCAGCGGGUUAUCGUGCCCACUCGCACCAACGUGGUUGCUAGCAUGCCCAGCGGCAAAGUGAGAUACGCAAAGCUCUCCAGCCCCGGCGGCGGACAUAUUAACAGUCAGAAGGAAACUUCACCUGCCAAAGAGAGCUUAAAGCCGAAAAGAUGCCCAGGUGUCGUAAGACCUCAUGUAUUGGAGAAAAGCCGUACUGACAUUCCUUUUAAGGCCAUUGCCUGCGCCUUCUCCCAGUUUUUGGUUGGUGCUUUUCUCAUUAUUACGGGCUGCCUCCUGCUGGCAGGCUAUAUCAGCAAAGUGGGCGCCAAUCGAGCCUUCCCAAUCCUGACUGUCGGCAUCCUGGUGUUCCUCCCGGGGUUUUACUACCUGAUCGUCGCCUACAGAGCCUACCGAGGCUGCCCGGGCUGCUCCUUCCGUGACCUUCCGGACUUUGAUCACUAGCCCCCACCCCAGCCAGAGGAGUCACAGAGUUUAGACAAAUUUCCUAGAACAACAUCCUUUUGAAAUGACUAGAUUUCCAAGCAGUGCCUGACAGCCAUCUGAUAACAGUUAAUUGGCUCACCAAGCUGAGUCAUUGGACACAAGAGAUGAGAGAGUGUAAGAAGCAAAACCCAUCUCCAGACAGAAGGAUAUUUCUAACAACAUUCUGAUAGUAGGAGUUUAUCUUUGAUUUUGAAACAGAGCACAGUACUUCAUUAAUUUUUGGAAGAAAAUCUUAUUUCUCUGUCCUCCCAAAAGUGUGGGCCACAAAUUCAUAAUUUACUCUGAGGUCUUCUUCUGUGGUUUUGAAAGUAGCCUGUUUCAUGGUGGAUUCCACAAGCUCACUCAUCAGCUGAUUUUCAAGAAAUUUGUGGAACAUGUCAAGUCUUAAAACCCGUACUGAAUUGAGAAUAUUACCUGUCAAAAUUUUAAACAGACUAGAUGCACCUGCCCAGUAAACUUGGGUCCCAUCAUCAAGAUUUGUGUGGGAGACACAAAGAUAAACAUCUAUCCUGUGACAGCACGUUCAGCUUCAAAUAUAUCAUUUAAAUGAAUGUGGGGAAAAAACAAGACAC